UCUCUCUCUCUCCCUCUCUCUUUCUUUUUCUCUCUCCCUCUCUCUUUCUUUGUAGCAGACGCAACCCACAUUAUGCGAAUUAAUCGUGCUCUGAGCCGCUUCAUCACUCACACGACAUUACCCUCUCUCCCCAUACGGUACAUCCCUCAAAACGCGCGGAUCUGUGAGAUGUAACCUAGGCAGGUAAGCGCGCAGCUCUUGCGAGACUUGUGUGAAAAUGAAUGUCGAACAUUUCCCAGUUGUCAGCUCUAAAUCGCUGGCUCUCGGGGCUGAUAAAGGGAGAGUGGCCGACUAGGUGAGGGAGGGAGGGAGGGACGGAGGGCUUGUUGCCCUUUUCCUCAACUGAGCAAGGGAGCUGGGCGAGGAUCCAUUUCCCGGUAGACCGGAUUUCGUAGCGCCCGAUUUCUCUAGUGGUGAACUUUUUGAACCGAGAACGCGCACACUGUCGUGUGGGGAAAAUACUCCUGAACCCUAGAUCCGAUUCGUUGGAAGUACUAAGCCAUUGUCAUCCACAUACGGCAGGGAUUAGGUGCUAUCGACUCUAGUCAAGGGUAUAUUGUAUUCAAGGGAAUAUUAUUGUAAUGAAAUAUCUCUCCUCGCUUGUAUAUUAAUGUGACGUCGUGUUUCUCUUUGCCGUCUCUUUUAACGCUACGCUUUAUCACAAAGCCAGUGAGACCAGUUGAACACGGAGGAGUACCUUUCUGUUCUGCCGUCAGUAGCUCUAAUAAUGUGUUUUAUGAACCAGUUUUUAAGUUCGGGUCACCACCCACCAGUGCCACCAAUCCGUGCACCAGUAAUCCCUUUUGUCGAACAUAACCGGUUAACCGGAUUUUGUGUAACCGAACUUUUUGAAAAUUUCGGAUUAUUCCCCCCCAUCCUUCACCACUGAGCAGACCACCACCUACCUCCUCCUCCUCCUCGUCCCGCUGUGUACAUGUAAACUGUGGCAACUAGUUUAGGCCUGGGUAGAUAACACUGGGCCUCACUCAGCCCCCCAGAACGGCGGUCUGUCAGCCGACCAGCUAGCAGCAAGGAUUGUGGUUUCCUCUCCCCCUGAACCACCGAUCGUGCGUGAGAGCCAGCGCUCUUGUCGAGUAGAUCUAAUGCCGUAAAGCUGGGGGAAAACAUAGCUCUUGGGAGGAGCAGAGAGAGCAGUAGAGCAGUGCACGCUUCAUUAUUCAGACUAGGUAGUGAGCGACCUAGUGCUGGCCUGCUCACUUUGUAACUGGGGAGUCGAACCGACGCAGCUAGCAGCGCUCCCGCCCGUGCAACAAGUGGAUAAGUGCUCGUUUCCUGCCCAUGGGGGAAAGGCUGGCUGGCAGGCCCGAGGAAGGCCUUGUAUUUGUUACAUCUCUCCCCUCCUUCAGGACUCGAGACUAGAGGCUAAUGAGGUCGUAUCUUGCACUGGCCACACGUUCGCCCCUCUCCGCCUACGUGAUGUGUUUUGGCUGAUUUUCGAACAGGGAUUUAUUGAAUACAAGGAGACGUGACAAAAAGAUUCUGUUUUUGUUGUUGGUGUUUUUUGUUUUUUCCUAAACUGUUGAAUGUACUUGUGCGUCGCUUUCUGUUGGAGAGUGUUGCGACGGGCGUAGUAAUUGGUAGACCGUCGUAGUAUAAAUUCGUUUCGUAGCUUAUUUCAUGCGGUAGGCAGGUGCAGGUUGGAUUUGUUUUGCUCUCUUCACAACCACCACACAGCAAGGAUGGACACAAUAGACAAACUUUACGGAGGAAGAUAACGAUUCUACAGAGGAUAAUAUAGCUAAUUAGUAUGUAUUUCUUUUUAAAAUUGCGCCAUUUCAGACGAUUUUUCACCCCCGUUUAUUUAAUUUGAUCUUCAGUUUACGGAUUGCGACAUUCUGCCAUCGACCAAGUGUCAUCGAGUCCGAUUCUGUUUGCCUGGUGUUGUGAAACUAACCUCACAUUUGAUUGAAAUUGAUAGAGCAGAGAAAGGACGACACAGAAAGAUAUAGGGAGAGGGGGGUCUAGUGCGUGUGGUGCGCUUUUGGCUGCCGGGCGGGGAGCGCGUGGGGUGGCGUUUAUGUCUGUGGUAGCCUCGGCGCUGUACUGUGCGGUACUGUAGCCACAUUCUACAUUCUGCUCCUGCAAGACGAGUGUUUUACUCGAUUUGCGACUGUUCCUGGCUGGAUUUCCCGGUCUGUGAUCUAGGUGUGAAGGACGUGGCCAGUCUUGGGUGCCAUCACAGAGCCAGAGGGCGAUGGUCUCCACAGUGUGCCCCCAGACGUCAGCUGGAGAAGGAACGGACCACGGAGGGAGUGGAGGAGGAGGAGGAGGAGGAAGAGGAGAUGAGAAAUCUAUAGAGGAUGAUGAAGACGGCCAUCUGAUCUAUCGGGCUGGCGACGUCCUUCAGGCUCGAUAUGAGAUCCUGUCCACCCUGGGCGAGGGCACGUUUGGCAAGGUGGUCGAGUGCAAGGAUCUACACAAAGGGACCGACCGUCUGGCCCUGAAGAUCAUCAAGAAUGUUGAGAAGUACCGGGAAGCAGCCAAGCUGGAGAUCAACGUCCUGGAAAAACUGCGGGACAAGGAUCCGGUGGGCAAACACCUAUGUGUUCAAAUGCUGGACUGGUUUGAUUACCAUGGACACAUGUGCAUUGCCUUCGACAUGCUUGGUCUCAGUGUGUUCGACUUCCUGAAAGACAACAACUACGUUCCGUACACGCUAGAGCAAGUUCGACAUAUAUCAUAUCAGCUCUGCUACGCAGUCAACUUUUUGCACGAGAACCAGCUCACCCACACCGACCUGAAGCCGGAGAACAUCCUGUUUGUGAGUUCGGACUAUGACACUGUGUUCAACCCCAAGAAGGUGAGCUCUAAACGAGAUGAGCGCCGGAUCAAGAACACAGACAUCAAGCUGAUUGACUUUGGCUCGGCCACUUUUGACCACGAACACCACAGCACCAUCGUCUCGACACGCCACUACAGAGCCCCUGAAGUUAUUUUAGAACUGGGUUGGGCUCAACCGUGUGAUGUUUGGAGUAUAGGCUGCAUCAUGUUCGAGCUGUACACAGGCUACACACUGUUUCAGACACACGACAACAAGGAGCACUUGGCAAUGAUGGAGAGGAUCUUGGGCUCAAUGCCUUACAGAAUGACCAAAAAGACAAAAACAAACUAUUUUUGGCACGGCCGCCUGGACUGGGACCCAACCACCUCCGCGGGUCGCUACGUCCGCGAGAACUGCAAACCCCUCUAUCACUAUUUGCGAGACAAAGGCAAUGAACAUAUCCAAAUUUUAGAAAUAAUAGAGCAUAUGCUGGAGUAUGUUCCAGAGCAGCGCACCACUCUGAAAGAAGCCCUCCGACACCCGUUCUUUGAGUCGAUCCGACACAAAGAGCGGGAGCAAACCUUGAUGAGUUCCCCCAAAGAUGAUCCCAGUGAGAAUGCAGAAGCCAGCACUAACUCUAGCUCUUCUAGCAGUACCACCACCACCACCACCACUACUAACAGGCAUGAGCCUGGUCUGCCUGACUCUGUAGCCUCCUCCUCUCUCUCUACUAACACCAGCAGCGGGGGCAAGGCGGGGGAAGGGGGGCUCGGGGAGUCUGGGGCCAAGGGAGGGGCUGCGGCGGCAGCCGGGGGGCGCAGCCAGCAGGAGGAGGAGGAAGAUGGCGCCUCUGCUGGCCUUGCUGGCCUUGACUCCAAGCGCCGCAGGUUCAACAAGCUGGGUCGCCACCACACCAUGGAGGACCCCACCGACCCCAGCGGGUUCGAGGCGCUCAGCCAGGCGCUGGACGCGAUACAGCCCAAGGUCGGGGACCGGAAGGAAGCUCCCAAGUCGGACGCGCUGACUGCUGCGGGUAAGGUGGACACCGCAGAGGACUCGUCCUCGUCCACCGGGGGAAGCGACAAACCGUCCAGUAUAGUCCAGCGUCGCCGCGCAGCGCGUCUGGAGGCCAUGAAACAAGCCAAGACUCUGGACUACGGUCAGUUGGGCCAAUCCACCUCGGGCGACUUUGAGCCAGAGGAGACGCCUAAAAGUGUGUUGGACAGGCCCAUACCGCGACAGCGAACCGAGUCCAAGGGCGAGGCUCCGGUCACUGCUGCUCGUAGGAGGCGCAGGGAGAAACAGCUCAGGGACAAGACACCGCCACUGGGGCAAGCCGCCAAACCUUCUGACAGCUCUUUCGAUGACGAAGUUUUCGACACGACCUCCAAGAAGGUUGGGGAAGUGGCCGCCUCGGCGCUGAACCCAUCAGCCAGCGAGUUUGUGCCCAAAACUACCUACCAGCGCAGGCCGCCUCACGAGAUUGCCGAGGCGGAGAAGGAGCGGGAGGCCAAGAGGAACAAGGAGAAAGCCGAGCAGGAGAAUAAGGGCCUGACUUUGUCCAACAUGAAGUUCCCUCCCCUGAACAAGUCCCGGACCUCCAUGGAGACGCAGACCGUGGAGCGUGUGACCCGCAUCUUCCUGGAGAAGAGCACUCAGACGCCGGACAACUUCUACCCUCCCAUCCCCACUCAGGACAAAGCCAUCGAUGCCAACCAGUUCUCGGACAGCACCUCCAUCACCAGCACCUGGUCCCUGGACUCCGUGGCUGACCUUAGCAUUGACCUUGACGAGUCGGCUGACGUGUUUGAGCCCAACACCACAGUCACGGCCUCCGUCACGCCCGUGCCCCAGGAGGCCAGUGUUUCCCUGAGCCAGGCCGUUGUGUCCAGUGAGGAGGUAAUGUCGGGGGUGGCUGUCAGUAAAAUUUUCCCUCCCCCUGUGAGUUUCACCUCCUUAGUCAUGACCAGCAGUGGGCCAAUCCAGAACGCGACCACUCCAGUAUCCUCUGCGUCUCAGAACCCGACCCCUGCAACAGCUGCCACGGUAACCCUCCAACCCCAGCCUGCGGUUGCCACGCCCCCUGCUAACAACCCGGCAGGUCCUGUUCCGAGCGUGUUGGGCAAUUUUGUGGUUCUGGAGAGUCCUGUGGUCACUCUGCCAUUGCCGCGGGGGCCUGCCCCACGACGAGUGUUUCCCGCCAAACCCUCUCAGGCCAAGCCACAGCCAGCAGCGGCACAGAACACUCCAGGCAAGGGGGCCGUGGUGGUGCAGCAGCCACAGGCUUCCCCGGCCGCUGCGCAGCCCAAGUUGGCCCAGCCAGCCCCCGGCCCUGUGCUAGUGGCCCCGGUGGUCAAGCCGGCCGGCCCAGGACCGGCCCAGGUACAGGCUGCCCCACCCGCGGGUGCGCCUAGCCCUGCUCAAGGUCAGCCGGGCGGUCAGGUGUGGACGGAAGUGCAGGGCGUCGAGUCGGGCAACGAGGUUGUGCUGCCCAAGUUGGAGAAGGCUCGGGCGAGAAGACGCCGGCGGAUGGACAGAAAGAAGAAGGUGGAUGGAGAGGGAGGUGCAGAAGUACAGAAUGAGAACGUUCCCCUGGCCACGGGAGAGGGGGGCGCCGAGGCAGCCGCAGCAGCAGUGGCCCCCACUGCCAAGGUCAACAAGGCGGCGGGGGAGGAAAAAAAAAAGUCCAGCACGCAGCUAAACAAUGUGAGUGCCAGUGAGAACGUGCUGCCGGCCCAUCGCCAGGUGGUGGCGGCAGCGGACGAGGCCCGCAAGUUCAGCGUGGACUCUGUGGGCUCGGACGUGUUUGUCAUGGCCUCGGACAGCUUGGACAACGAUAGAUGAUUGUACCCCCGCCCGUAGACAGGCCUCUUGCUAGUGUGUCGCUCUUUAGUUGUCCGCCUUGUUGGGCUAUCAUCGUGCAAGCUAGAGGAAUCACCCCACUCGUCAUCUCAUCCAAGCAUGGAAAAGUCGCCAGUUUUACUGUCCUCAUCAACCACCUGUAUCAUUGCCCUUGUACAUAAUACAGUCACAGAUUUAUCUCAUGAAAAUGUGAGCCAGCUAAUCGCCUUGGAGCUCUACUUGAACUAUACAGAAUUGGUGUGCAUCUAGUUUUUGUAUCUUAUUUAUUAACAGACAUUAAUAAUAUGAACAAGACAUCAGUGUCUUGUACUUGACUGCUGAAGGAAGGCAAGACAAAGGCUGCCAAAUAUGAAAGCUGUCCACGUUGUCUUUUAGAAAAUCUGUUUGAGGAGAGCGAAAAGAUAUAAUGUGUUGGAAUGGAGAAACUGCGCCAACGAAAAACGUGAAACUUGGGUUCAUGGAAUCUUUUUCAAGUCCAUUCUCUUCCCACCCUCCUCCUCCUCCUCUUGUCUUCCUGCUGUGCGUGGCACUGUUUGCAUUUGCUUGUUUGUUUACACACAUACAGGUUUACAAAGUAAAAAAAAACUUCCUAUAGGCAAUUGUGAUGGGUUUUGUGAUGUGCUGCAAGCUCAUCUGUCAGCCACUCGCCUCCGACUGUGCUGUGGAAAGAUAAUCUAUAUUGUGAUAAUUUGUCAAGCUUGUGAUACACUUGUCGGCUGCCUGGCUUCUUUGUGAAAGAAAUGUCUGCUUGUGAAUUCAGCUUCUAGAGUGAAUGAAAGUGAACAUGCCAGUUGCUAAAUGAAAAGGUGUGACUGGGACUGCCCUGUCUUUGUUUUUUAAAAAUCUUUACUUCGAAUUGUUUUUGUUUUUUUCCGAACGGAGAUGAUGGCAUAAUACUAAAGACUUCU